GAGCAUGUCAGCACCCACUCCUGCUCGAGUCACGAUUGAUCCCCAAGUCCAUCUAUUCUAUCUCUGCGCCCACACUAGCCCCGAAAGAUGGAUGCCAAGGCAUGGAAAGCGCAAGACUAUCGAAGAGUGGCGAAUUUCGUGUACUCGUCACAAGCUACUGCGCCCGUCCUCGCUCUUCUCGAUGUCAGUCCGGGUGAUCGGAUUCUCGACCUCGGCUGCGGAACAGGCGAGCUUACCAUCUCGCCCGAUUUGACGAAAGGAUGCGAGGGCGUGAGCAUUGUGGGCAGUGAUUACUCGCCCGAUAUGAUUGCCAAAGCAAUAUCACUCGGGCGCACUACAGGCGGAUCUGCUGCGGAUGUGAGGUUUUAUGUGGCUGACGGACACGAGCUCGUGCGCGACCUAAGCAAAGAGAUUGAACAAUAUGGCGGAUUCGAUACAGUCUUUACUAAUGCUGCGUUGCAUUGGAUGAAGCGCGAUCCUCUGGCUGUCAUCAAAGGCGUCAGAGCGUUGCUGAACAUGUCUAUACCUGCCAGUAUGGCAAGGCGCACGCGCCAAAGACGUAUAAAGACAUUCGUAGGCGAAAUGGGCGGUUUCCUCAAUAUGAUCGGCGUGCGGUCUGCGCUUGUCAAUGCGCUCAAUCGGCGCGGCAUUGACGGUAAUGCUGCAGACCCAUGGUUCUUCCCUUCGCCCACAUCAUACAAACGCCUGCUCGAGUCCGAGAAUUUCCGAGUCGUCUCGAUCGAGCACGUACCCCGGAUAACGCCCUUGCCAGAGGGUUUGGCUGCUUGGAUCAAGCUUUUUGCGCCAGGUCAGUUGGCUCAUCUCGCUUCCGACGAUGAUCGCGAGCAAGUCGUACAAGAGAUCUGCGAGGCCUUACGGCCAGAUUGCCAGGAUCCAGAGACUGGCGAAUGGACUGUCAUCUUGACUGCUCGGUCACUAUGGAGAGUGCAUGCAUGGGAAAGACAACAGAAGUAG